CUGAAAGUAUUGGAUGUACGUGCUGACAAUGACGUGAGGCAAUCGUGCAUCACCCUCAAUGCGCCAUGACAUACCGGAACGCGGUGCCCUGACCGCAAGACGGCAGUGGGCCUACAGAGAUGGAGACGACGAUGAGCUUCAACUCCCGCGUUGACGGACACUGUCUGACGGUUCGGUCAAAGGCCUAUUCUGGACUGCUGUCAAUCAUCGAGACCGACGACGCUACAACAGUUGCAACGAUGAUUGCAGGCAGAAUAUCGGUGUGGGUGAACCGAAGUUGUCCCUCACUCCAUGCACCCAAGGAUGCGGACAUGCAGGUCCAUAUGCACCUUCAAUACAAGGACUAUCACGUUUUUCAUCUCGAAAUACCCACUGCUUCGCGCGAUCCUCCAGUUGGCCUGUAACCUGUUGCACAAUCUUUUCUGCCAAGUCGCUCUCUGGUGUGCAAGGAAUGGCGGCUGUUCCUCUGUCAACGCUUCAGUCUAAGCCUUCGGCUAUCACCAGCACUGAGCCCGUGGACGAAGACGCGGAAGCUCGAGACUUUGACAUCACCAGUAUCAAAUCUGAUCACGAUGAUCAGGACCCGCUGCUCGAGAGCGAUGUUGAGGGAAAAGCCAAGGAUGAUAACCAAUGCAGAGAAGGAGUUUCAAGCACGAAAAGAGCCUGGCGUAGACCAGCGAUGUACUGGCUAGUCCCAGUGUAUUUGCUCUACACCCUCGGCUACGGAGGCAUAUGGGUGCCCAAGCUCGACCUUAUUUACGAUCUUACGUGCCGUGCCUACUGCAUCGACCAUCAAUGCAAGGCAGCAUCGAACGCCGUGACAAGCAGCCUCCUUCAUGCAAGAAAUGAUAGGUGCCGUGCUCCUGAGAUACAAGGUCUCGCCGCGGAGUUUGUGAUGGGCUGCAAUCUGCUUGGGGGAGUAAUGUCAAUAUUUACUUGUCCUAAGUUUGGGCAAGCUUCCGACCUGUAUGGGAGAACGAGGAUUCUGGCGAUCGGAGGGUCGGGCAUGCUGGUCAACUGCAUCUUGACCAUUCUCGUGGCGACUUUCCCCGAAACAUUUCCACUGCCAUGGCUCUAUGCGACAUACAUUCUCGAGUCAGUUCUUGGUCCCUACGCCUCAAUCAUGGCUAUUGUCAACUCCUAUGCCGCAGAUAUCACAACGCCACAACAAAGGAAUGUAGCAUUUGGAUACCUGCAAGGCUGUCUCUAUGCGGGGGUUGCUGCUGGCCCAUUACUUGCCGCCGGUAUCGUCCAGCUCACCGGUAGUGUCGUCCUAGUCUUCUGGCUCGCGCUGUUCGGCGUAGUCAUCUUCAUGUUCUGUAUGGCUUUCGUGGUUCCAGAGUCCAUGACUGAGCAUCAAAGAACAGCCGCACGUGACGCGUAUGAAAAACGGAGAGCACACAGUCAUGGUCGCUCAUGGUACGCUCGACUCAAGCCUCAGAGCUUACUGGCAUCUUUGAGGACGCUCUGGCCAAAUGGGACUGGCACGUCACCAAUUCUACGGCGGAACCUGGUUCUACUUGCGACCAUCGAUACCACCUUAGAAGGCAUUGUUCGGAGCUCAUUUAGCAUCAUAGUAUAUAUUUCCAUACUGCGCUUUGGCUGGGACACAUCGGCAAAGUCUGUUUUCAUGGGUGCAAUCAACAUUGUGCGCGCUGCAGGUCUGGUGCUCCUGCUACCACUUAUCACCUGGUACUUCAAGCGGAAAAGCGGUAAAGGACCACGACCGCCGACUGGCCGUGGCUGCGACAACUUCGAUCUUGGUCUCAUUCGUUGCGGGGCGAUUUUGAAUUGUCUGGGUUGGACAGGUUACGCUAUGGCAACGUCACCGAUUCUCUUUGUGAUAUCCGGCAUUUUCAUCGCGCUCGCAGGGAUCGGAAGACCGGUUGUACAAUCCUCGCUGACCAAACACGUUCCCUCAACCCAGACUGGUCUUUUGAUGGGGGCGACUGCGCUAUUGUAUGGACUAAUGAGGGUUUUAUCGCCUAUCUUGAUGAACGGAUUCUACACAGCUACUGUGGGUGUUAUGCCUGGAGCCACCUUCGCAUGCUUGGGAGCAGUCUGCGCCCUGUUGUCUGCACUUGCAUUUCUGCUCAGACCAGGAGUCUUCCUUGAUGAGACAGAGUUGCAAUGA